AUGAGUGAUAAAGUUCCUAUAUUAAGAGCAUCAGAUAUCUCUGAUGAUUUGCAAACUAAAAUCUACGAAUUGAGUCAAGAUGCUAUAGCCAACUACAAAAUAGAAAAAGAUAUUGCCACAUACUUAAAGAAAGAAUUAGAUCAAUUGUUCGGACCUACAUGGCAUGUCAUAGUGGGAGAAAGUUUUGGAAGUUAUGUCACUCACGACCAAGGAUUCUUUACAUACUUUUACAUUGGAGAAUUGGCGUUCUUAAUCUUCAAGAGUGGUUAA